AUUGGUCCGUACCAACGGGACUCCGGCCGCUUUACUCUAGCGCUCAGGGCGCCGAUCCACUUCUGUUCCUGUACGUGAGCACUCCCUUCCUUCUGGUGAGCAGCCCUUCUAGAUCCGGACUGAGCGAGGACCGGCACCAUGACGACACUGGAUGACAAGUUGCUGGGGGAGAAACUGCAGUACUACUACAGCACCAGUGAGGAUGAGGACAGCGACCAUGAAGACAAGGACACAGGCAGGGGUGUCCUGGCCAGCAGUGCCAUGCCUGCAGAGGCUGAGCUGGUAGGAGAAGGCAUCUCAGUUAAUACAGGUCCUAAAGGCGUCAUCAAUGACUGGCGCCGCUUCAAGCAGUUGGAGACCGAGCAGAGGGAGGAGCAAUGCCGGGAGAUGGAGAGGCUGAUCAAGAAGCUGUCCAUGACCUGCAGAUCCCACUUGGAUGAGGAGGAGGAGCAGCAGAAACAGAAGGACCUCCAGGAGAAGAUCAGUGGGAAGAUGACACUGAAGGAGUUUGCUAUGAUGAAUGAGGACCAGGAUGAUGAGGAGUUUCUGCAGCAGUACCGGAAGCAGAGGAUGGAAGAGAUGCGGCAGCAGUUACACAAAGGGCCCCAAUUCAAGCAGGUUUUUGAGAUCCCCAGUGGAGAAGGGUUUUUAGAAAUGAUUGAUAAAGAACAGAAAAGCACCCUCGUCAUGGUCCACAUUUAUGAGGAUGGCAUUCCCGGGACCGAAGCCAUGAAUGGCUGCAUGAUCUGCCUUGCCUCAGAGUACCCUGCUGUCAAGUUCUGUCGUGUGAAGAGCUCAGUCAUUGGAGCCAGCAGUCAUUUUACCAGGAAUGCCCUGCCUGCCCUGCUCAUCUACAAGGGGGGAGAAUUGAUUGGCAAUUUUGUCCGUGUCACUGACCAGUUGGGGGAGGAUUUCUUUGCUGUGGACCUUGAAGCUUUUCUACAGGAAUUCGGAUUACUCCCAGAAAAGGAAGUCUUGGUGCUGUCAUCUGUGCGUGACUCUGCCACCUGUCACAGUGAAGACAGUGAUCUGGAAAUAGAUUGAACUGAUAAUCUAGUUGCCUAAAUUCUCCAUUGUUUGGGCUAGAGGACACAUGUCUAUAUUUAUUUUUGUUCCUUCCUGUGUCUUCUGGCUUUUAAGCUGUUCUUUGUAGUCUCUGUUAUUAUAUGGAAAGUCAGAAAUUCUUCGAUUAAAUCAUAAUGCUGAGUCACUUUGGGGCUACCUAUAAAAUGACUUAAAAUUACAUAAACAGGAUGCCAGGCUUUUGAACUGUUUACUUAAGAUUUUCUAGCCUGACAUCUCUGUUAGUGUUUCCAGUCAAUAUUUAUUAGCAUCCUAAAGGCAGUGUCCUGGAAAUUGUCUGCUGAGGUCUCAGAGUAGGAUUCCCUAGUUAGUGUGUUAUGUGCAGCGUAAAGAGUGUGUUUCCUUAGUCAAAUGACUGGCUAUGUUUGCUUGUAAUCAGAUCUGUAGUCCUACAAAGCAGUUUCUUUUCCCUAGGCCCUCUUUUCUACUUAAUGGCCCUAGACAGAGCUGGGGAUGUUGCUUAAUGGCACAAUAUUUGCCCAGCAUGCACAGGGCCCUGAGUUUGAUCCCCAGCAUUGUAAAACAAAAACAAAGCAAAAGGUUCCAGGUGUCACCUCCUGCCCUGUAAGGAGCAGUGUGGCCUCUGCUGCAGCUGCAGUCAGUGUUCCCUAAUGACAUGGAACAGCAGGGAUGAUUUACGCUGGCUGCUCAUGGUGCUGGGUGACAAGCAUCUUGUGACACAGACACUGGAGUUUAUGGGGCUGGGAAGCUUGUUUAAGGAGGACCUUCCACUGCUUCUCCAUGUCUGUCUGUCCUUCUGUUAUUUCAACAAGGCAACUUUUUGCUUAGUCUAGAUUUUUUUAACCUUUUUUUUUUUUGCAUUGUUGGAAAAUAACUCACAUUCAGUAGAGGAAAAUUGACCAAAAUGCAGAUGCCAAAUAAAAAUUUAGAAUCUGUAAUUCUGCCAUCUAGAAUAAAACACUGCUAAUGUUAUGGCAUAUUUGUUAUUAAAGUGUUUUCUUUGUAUACAUAAACUUUUUUGUUUUGUUUUUAAACAACAUUGGGAUCAUUCUGAACAUGCUGUUAUAUAUAGUAUGGUCAGCUAAUAACUUACUGUACAUUUUUCAUAUAAUACUCUUCUAUAACGUUUCUUCAAUAAUUACUGAUACUCUGUUAUGUGGCUAUGAUGUAAUUUGUUUGCUAGUUGUCUCAAAAAUAUUGCAAAAGGCAGGGCAUGAUGGUGCAUGCCUUUAGUCCCAGCACUCAGGAGGCAGAGGUAGGAGGAUUGCCGUGAGUUUGAGGCCACCCUGAGACUCCAUAGUGAAUUCCAGGUCAGCCUGGGCUAGAGUAAGACCCUACGUCAAAAAACCAAAAAUUGCAAAAACUUUAAAAAAUUAUGAAAGUAAUGUGUUCAUUGUAGAAUAUGCAACAAAAAGCUAAAAGAGGUUUAUGAAGCCAUAAUUUCAUUAAACAAACUUGAUUCCUGUUAUCAUUUUUAUAGAUAUCUAGUUUUUUUGUGUGUAUUUAUAAAAAUAAUUGUUGAGUUUUUUCCUUGUAUUUCUUGAAAUAUAUGUCUUAGUAUCAGAGAAAAUAUAAUUGGGAAUUAAAUAAUGGUUUUAGCAUCUA